UCAUGUAGCUCGAGGCUUUUUGCCCUCGCGAUGGGCGAGCAAGAAGACUUCUUCAUCUCCCGCGCCAAGAGGGCGCCCAUUUGGCCCGUGACCAUUGCGCACUACCCGCCCCAGCUGAAAGACCCUGGGGAGCGCAAGGCGAGGAUCCAGCCCCACUGGGACCGCACGCUCUUCGCGCUGAUCACCACCAGCGACCGCGGGGAUGAGGAGUCCAAUGGAGGUUUGCAGAUUUUGGUGGACAAGGAGACUGGCGAGGGCGUGGAUGGCCGUGCAGAAGUGGAGGGCCGCGCCACGGAGUGGCAGAGCGUGGUGCGCCCGGCCGGUGGCUUCGUGGUGAACUGCGGCGAGAUGAUGAGCCGCUGGUCCAACGGCCGUCUGAAGCACGUGGUGCACCGCGUGCAGAACCCCGUGCCCGGCCAUGCGGACGCAGAUCGCAUUUCCCUGAUGGCCUACGUGCUUCCGGACUAUGACGCCGUAGUGGAGUGCGAGCACUGCAAGCGGGAUGGGUCGAAGCCGCUCUACGACAAAACGUGGGUGGGAGAGAUGAUGAACUGGGCCAGCAAGCUGCCGAUCUACAACAAGACGAAGCAAGACCUGAUGCGCAUGGCACAAGGGCUCUACACGCGCUCCGGCAGCCAGACCAAGCUGGGGGAACCCACAGAUGUGAAGAGCCUGGAGCAAGCUCUCCAGGCGCCGAUCUCCAUCCUGGACAUCGGGCCUCUUCACAACGGGACUUGGGAGGAGAAGCAGAGCUUGGCUCAACAGCCGCCCGGCGGUUCGGCG